CCUCCGAGCCGCGCCCAUGUGGUGGGAGGAGCCCGGCUCCACUCCCCGCCUAGACGCCGGGAAAUUUCUACUCAGCGGGGUGGUCCCACCUCCUUGGUCUUGUGACCUUGGGCAGAUUCCCCUCUCAUCAGGCCUUAGUUUGAGUUCCAGAAUGGAGACUGAAGGGUACCUAGAGGCACAAAGAAAUAGAGAGGUCCAGAAUGAUAAAUUGAGGUCACCAUCAAAUGAGAUGAUGGCUGAGGAGCCAGAAGUUGUCCUAAUACCGGCUACCCAGGUCCAGGCUCCACGAGAGCCUUCUGGGCUUCCACAAGAGAGCCUUGAUGAAGACUCUGUCGAAGACCUUGAGACCAUGCCACGAAGGAAUCCUCCCAACGCGGCAGCCUCCAGGCAGAGGUUCCGGAAAUUCCGCUAUGAAGAUGGAGCUGGGCCCAGGGAUGUCCUCAGACAUCUGCAGGAGCUUGCCGGACAGUGGCUGAGACCCGAUAUUCACACAAAGGAGCAGAUUGUGGAGAUGCUGGUACAGGAGCAGUUCCAGGCUGUCCUGCCCGAGGAGCUCAGAGCUCGGGCCCAGAGAUGUCAGCCUGGGGUCAGAAUCACUGGCUAAAUCCUGCCACAGGGUUCUUGCUCAGCCUACACAUGAGAAGUAACCAAACGUUCUCUUUGUUGCAGGAGCCAACAACAGUCAUGGAGAAAUGUGAACCUCGGGGGUUUUUUUGUUUUUGUUUUUUUUCUUUCGGCUUGCCUUUGACUAGUUGUAAUAAGAACCCAUCAGAACCCAUGUUUGGACCUCUCUCCGGCGGAGGCAGCUCUAAUUCCUGGGACUGAGCUCCAGAAAGAGCUUCUGUUAGGACCCUCUUGUUAGGACAAUCAGCCUGUUGCUUGUUCUUGCUCUGCUGAAUGCCUCCUUUUUUGCACUUUCUGACAUGCUUUAAUAUAUUGUUAUGUAUCCAAAGAGGUAAUUGCUUCAACUUUCAGAAUUCUUGAUUCUUGCUGUGGCGGCAUGAAUGGAAGCUUCUGUAACCCCACCAGUAACUCAUCUUAGAUGUCCUUGAACUAUUAAAAGUUUAGUGCUUAA